CAGCUACGCAGCUUACGCUCAGAUCCUAGGACCUAUGUCGUGCUCUCUGCUUAGUUAACCUAGACUCUGUUUAUAUUGCUUCUGGCAGCUUCGUGCGCCACACCGACCAGCCGCCGCAUGUCUCCCAGCUCCGUCAUCCGCUCGCUGCCUCACCGUCGAUCCUCCGCCUCACUGACCGCUCGCCGGCGGACUGAGUCAACCUCGCCCUCCAGGCUGCACCCGCGAUAAAGGCGCCGCGGUCUGGCAGCUGCAGACCAGACUCCGACAUCUAGCCCGCCAUGUUUUCCGAGUAUGCCUCCAAGUUCCUCUCCCAGUCGCAGUCGCGCCUGUCACUGGGCCAGCCCGAGCCGGGCUCUGCGCGCAACCCUUCAGACCACCAGCGCCCGUCGUCGCGCGCCGCCCAGGCCUACCUCCAGCGCCGCAACAUGCCGAACCCGUACAACUCCCAGGCCCUGUCGCGCUUUGCCUUUGCAUCGCGCACCUCCAACGCCCCUGCGCCGCUCUUCUACUCCGCCACCGACGACUUCCGCGAGGAGGACGAUCAUGUCGAGCACGACCGCGAAAUGGCCGACCACUACGCCCUGCAGCGGUCGCGGCGCCAGUUCGGCGCAAGCAACCUCUCCGAGUCGUCGGAAGUCGAGGACGACGGCGUGCACAGGUCCGACCACACAAUAGACGCCGACCGCGACGAGAACCACGGGCCCGACUACGGCCUGGGCCGGGGCAUCAAGAGCUCGUGGAUCGGCGACAAGCCAGCCCGCGGGCGCUCCACCACCACAAAUAGAUUAGAAGACGAGGAGCGAGACUCCAGCGUGCCUCUGUCCGAGUCGACAGAGCCGAGCAGCAGAGGGAAUGGGCGGCUGGUGGACGUCGAGCUUGCCACCGACCGGGGGAGCGACGAGGAGCUGGACCGACAGGAAGCCUUCGCACACAAAGACGAGCCGCCGCCGUCGUACCAGCAGUUCCGGAACAUGCCCCGAAACAAACGUCUCCGCAGUCCGCUCCGAACGACUCUCUCCGUGCCGCAAGAAACCGACGAAGACGUGCUGCUCGGGCGCUCACGGUCGAUAAGUCCAGACCGUCAGACCGUGCCAGACAUGGUGCCGGAGAAUCCUGUGGCGCCUCCGCGACACAACUUCUUCUGGGCCGAGCUGUUCGUCAUCGUGCAGUGCGCCAUGAUCGGUAUCUGGUUCAUCUCCUUCCUGCAGGAAUCGCCGCCAGGCAAGAAGAAUCCGCUCGGCGAUACAGUCUACACUGUCCUCCAGUCGUCCUUCCACCUCAUCGGGAUAUACUCGCUCGUGUCGGUCAUUGUUGGGUUGCUCUGGUUGUCGCUACUACGCUCCUUCGCCCGUCCUCUGGUGUAUCUGAUGCUCGUCGCGGUCCCCAUCAUCUCCUUCUCGUUCUGGCUGUACCCGUUCAUCUCCAGCUUGAAGGGCUCGUGGCACGGCACCAGCACACAAGACAAGGCCAUGCGCUGGCUGUCGUUUGGCCCGCUCUUGCUAGCCAUCUUCUGGGUCUACACUGCGUUCAAAGCACGGCACUCGCUGCACAAGGCGAUCAGCAUGCUGGAAUUCUCGAGCGAUAUAUUAAGGGCACAGGCACCACUCCUCCUCGUCGGCGUCGCAACCCUCGCUGCCGUCCUCCUCUGGUCCUGGCUGUGGAUCCUGAUGUUCACGCGCCUCUUCCUCGGUGGCCACUUCGCCAGCACCAAAUCCCGCUGGAUCAUCGACACAAGCACCUGGUGGCUCGGCGCCGCCUUCUUCCUCAACUACUUCUGGACCCUCGGCGUCAUCGCCGGCGUCCAGCGCGCCACCACCGCCGCCACCGUCUCCCAGUGGUACUUCCACCGCAACACCACCCCGUCGCCCCCGCCGUCCACCGUCGUCCAGGCCUCGCUCCACCACGCCUCCUACACCAUGGCCGGCACAAUCUGCCUCUCGACCCUAACCGCCCUCGCCGUCCGCCUCCCCCUCAUCCUGCUCCCGCGCCGCCUCGCCGCCCUCGCCGCCUCCUGCGCACACACCCUCCUCCCCUCCCCGCUCACCGCCCUCACAAACCCGCUCGCCCUGACAUUCGCCUCCAUCCACGGCGUCCCGCUCGCGCCCGCCGCCCGCUCCCUCUCGCAACUCACCUUCCUCGCCCCCUCGCCCACCACCACCCUCGGGCCCGCCUCCUUCAGCCCCCACGCCACGCCCACCCUGCAGUCCUACCGCCUCGCCAAACUGCUGCUGCACGGCAUCCGCUACCUGCUCACCCUGACCCUCGGCUUCGGCGGCUGGGUCUCCGCCGCCCGCGUGCUGGCGCUCGGCGACUCGUAUCGGGGCAGCGCGUAUGCGUAUGUCGUCGGUCUGAUCAGUGCGGCGAUUGGGUGGGGCGCGCUGGGCGCCAUGGAGGGCGUGCUGGGGGGCAUUCUGGAUGCGCUGCUGGUGUGCUGGGGGAGCGAGGUCGGGCGCGAUGGGAGAGGGGAGGUAAGGUACUGUGUUGAUGCCGGGAGGCUGUUUGGGGAGGAAGCGGGGCGCGGGCGGGGGCGGUUCGAGGUGUAGAUGUAGAUGUAGGUGUGGUUGGGUUGCAUUCUGGUGUUUGGAUCAAUCGCAUUGGAUUGACAUUGACAUUGAUAUUGACAUUGUUGU